UCCCCUCGGUUCUCUUUGCUAGGUCCCCCCGUCGGGCUUUCCCGCUCUCCCUUAGACCUGCUCCUCAGCUCGUGUUUCUCUUUUUCUCAGACCUCUCCCAGACCGCGGUGUUUCCAGGAAAGCUUACCGAGGCCACGAGGAGGGCUUCCCGGCAAGUAGAACAGGAAAGACACGCGGGAAGCCCGGCCUGUUCCGGGCGGGAGGAGAGGAGCACGGGUACAGGAUGGCGGUCAGCCUGGAUAAAGAGGCCUAUUACCGGCGCAUCAAACGACUGUACAGCAACUGGAAGAAAGGCGAAGAUGACUUUGCAAGCGUGGAUGCCAUUGUGGUAUCGGUGGGAGUGGAUGAGGAGAUUGUAUAUGCCAAGUCUACUGCCUUGCAGACAUGGUUAUUUGGGUAUGAGCUGACUGAUACAAUAAUGGUGUUCUGUGAGGAGAAGAUCAUAUUUAUGGCCAGCAAGAAGAAAGUGGAAUUUCUCAAGCAGAUUGCAAACACCAAAGGGAAUGAAAAUGCGAAUGGCACUCCUCCUAUAACACUGCUUAUCCGAGAGAAGCAAAAUGAGGGGAACAAGGCCAACUUUGAUAAGAUGAUUGAAGCCAUUAAAGGGAGCAAGAAAGGGAAACGCAUUGGAGUUUUCAGCAAGGAUAAAUUCCCUGGGGACUUCAUGAAAAGCUGGUAUGACUGCGUAACUAAAGAGGGGCUGGAGAAGGUUGAUAUCAGUGCCGCUGUAGCUUAUACCAUCGCAGUGAAAGAGGAUGGAGAGCUGAACCUUAUGAAAAAAGCAGCCACCAUCACCUCAGAUGUUUUUACCAAGUUCUUCAAAGAGCGUGUCAUGGAGAUUGUGGACGCAGAUGAGAAAGUUCGACACAGUAAACUGGCCGAGUCUGUUGAGAAAGCUAUUGAAGACAAAAAAUAUCUCGGUGGCACAGAUCCCUCCACAAUUGAAAUGUGUUACCCCCCUAUUAUCCAGAGUGGAGGCACUUAUAAUCUCAAAUUCAGUGUGGUUAGUGACAAAAAUCACAUGCACUUUGGAGCGAUCACAUGCGCGAUGGGGAUCCGCUACAAAUCCUACUGUUCCAAUCUGGUACGAACACUUGUUGUAGACCCUACCCAGGAAAUGCAAGAUAAUUACAACUUUCUGUUGCAAUUGGAGGAUGAGCUGUGCAAAGAACUUAAGCACGGUGCAAAAAUUUCUGAUGUCUACCAAACCAUCAUGGAUCAAGUGAAGAAGCAAAAACCGGAGCUGUUGAACAAAAUCACCAAGAACUUGGGUUUUGCAAUGGGUAUUGAAUUCCGAGAAGGUUCACUUGUAAUCAACAGCAAGAACCAAUAUAAACUAAAGAAAGGUAUGGUGUUUAGUGUUCACCUGGGGUUGUCAGACCUCUCCAACAAGGAAGGAAAGAAAGCAGAAGAAAAAACCUAUGCUCUCUUUGUGGGAGACACUGUUCUUAUCAAUGAGGAAGGACCAGCGGCUGUACUCACUAAUGUUAAGAAGAAGGUGAAGAAUGUGGGAAUUUUCUUGAAGAAUGAGGAUGAGGAGGAAGAAGAAGAGGAGGAGAAAGAUGAAGCAGAAGACCUCCUGGGUCGAGGAUCCCGUGCUGCAGCCCUUCUGACAGAUAGGACCAGAAAUGAAAUGACUGCGGAGGAGAAACGCCGCACUCAUCAGAAGGAGCUGGCUAACCAACUAAAUGAGGAAGCAAAAAGAAGACUUACCGAGCAGAAGGGAGAGCAGCAGACUUUGAAAGCUCGAAAAUCCAAUGUUUCAUACAAAUAUUCAUCUCAAAUGCCAAAGGAGCCAGAGAUCCGUGAGAUGAAGAUUUAUAUUGACAAGAAGUAUGAGACUGUCAUCAUGCCUGUGUUUGGUAUUGCUACACCCUUCCACAUUGCCACAAUCAAGAAUAUUAGCAUGUCAGUUGAAGGUGAUUAUACCUACCUCAGAAUCAACUUCUACUGCCCGGGUAGUGCCCUUGGGCGAAACGAGGGCAACAUCUUCCCCAAUCCUGAUGCCACAUUUGUUAAGGAAAUAACAUACCGAGCCUCAAACAUGAAAACCCCAGGAGACCCCAGUGUGCCAUCACUCAACUUGCAGAAUGCCUUCCGUAUUAUCAAGGAGGUCCAGAAAAGAUACAAGACAAGGGAAGCUGAGGAGAAAGAAAAAGAGGGUAUAGUAAAGCAAGACUCCCUUGUUAUUAAUCUCAAUCGUAGCAACCCCAAGUUGAAAGAUUUGUACAUCCGGCCCAAUAUAGCUCAAAAAAGAAUGCAAGGCUCCCUUGAAGCUCAUGUCAAUGGUUUUCGCUUUACAUCCGUGCGAGGAGACAAAGUGGACAUUUUAUACAAUAACAUCAAACAUGCCAUAUUCCAGCCAUGUGAUGGGGAGAUGAUAAUUGUUUUACAUUUCCACCUUAAGAAUGCCAUAAUGUUUGGGAAGAAGAGGCAUACAGAUGUUCAGUUCUACACAGAGGUUGGAGAGAUUACCACGGAUUUAGGAAAGCACCAGCAUAUGCAUGACCGCGAUGACCUGUAUGCUGAACAGUUGGAAAGAGAGAUGAGGCACAAGUUGAAAACUGCCUUCAAGAACUUCAUUGAAAAGGUUGAAUCUUUGACAAAAGAAGAUCUGGAGUUUGAAGUCCCUUUCCGAGACCUAGGGUUCAAUGGAGCUCCAUAUAGAAGCACCUGUUUGUUGCAACCAACCAGUAGUUCUUUGGUUAACACCACAGAGUGGCCUCCGUUUGUCGUGACUCUGGACGAGGUGGAGCUUGUUCACUUUGAGAGGGUGCAAUUCCAUUUGAAGAACUUUGACAUGGUUAUUGUCUACAAGGACUACAACAAAAAGGUCACAAUGAUCAACGCCAUCCCAGUAGCUUCGCUCGACCCAAUAAAAGAGUGGCUUAACUCCUGUGACAUCAAGUACACAGAGGGGGUGCAGUCACUGAACUGGACCAAAAUCAUGAAAACCAUUGUAGAUGAUCCAGAGGGAUUCUUUGAACAGGGUGGUUGGUCCUUCCUUGAGCCAGAGGGCGAGGGAAGUGGUGCAGAAGAAGAUGGAUCAGAAUCUGAAAUAGAAGAUGAGACCUUUAACCCCUCAGAGGAGGAGUAUGAGGAAGAGGAGGAGGACAGUGAUGAGGAUUACUCUGAUGAGACAGAGGAGUCAGCUUAUAGUGAAGAUUCCCUGGGUAGUGAUGAGGAGAGUGGGAAAGACUGGGAUGAACUUGAAGAAGAAGCUAGGAAAGCUGACAGAGAGAGUCGUUACGAAGAGGAGGAUGAACGCCCCAAAAUUAAUUCUAAAAAGAGGAAGAGCCAUGCACCUGCUCCCACCCCAUCAAAAAAGAGGAGGAAGUGACAUCCAUUACCGCAGAUAUUUCUUCCCCUUUCUGUUCUAUAUUCCCAUCCCUUUUCCCAAUUUUUCACCACUUCCAAAAUUCAGGAUUUCUUAACUACCUUCACACGGCCUGUGAGUCUGAGACAUUCUGCUUUAGCUGCUUCUGCAGACUGUUGGCUAAUGAAGGUUAAAUGGACCAAUACACCAAUACUUUUUAUUUUUUUUCUCCUUUUCCCUUCCAUUACUGGACUGAAAAAAGUUGGCAUUGCAAUGAGAACUUCAUUACAGAUAAAAUUUGAAAUAUUCUUCAUUUUAUUUUUGUCUGGGGGAAAAAUGAAAUUUUUUUUGUAUCCAUGGCACUUUCUGUGCUUCAGGGACAGUGUAAUGCUGUGACAGUGUAGUGGUUUAGAGCAGCUCCUGAAACCACUUGUGCUGAUUUGCUGGUUUGCUUGUUCCCUGUGCGUUUGACCAAUUAUUUCCUAAUUUUAUACCCCUUCCCUUUGUUUCCUGUGCUGCUCACAUAGAAUUUCAUUAAAAGAGAACUUUUACAUUUUCAUUUGCAGAACACAUUUUGUUUUAAGUAUAAAGAGUCUGAAAUAGUUCUCCUCUCUGCGGCUUCUAACUGUAUUACCCAGCUUUUGAGGUCUUCUUAAUGGCAAUGAUUUAAAUGUUUGAAUAUAUUAUAUUUUUUCCUUUUUUUCCUUCUGUGCUUUUUUUCUCCUCUUAGCAGUGAGGUAUAAGUGGUGUUUUUCAGACUUUGAAGAAAUGUAAACAAAAAAUAAACUCUUUUUGUAAGUAUUUUUUCCUGUUUGCCAUCUUUUUGCAGUUACACGGUGAAUUCUGGUUUUGGAAAAUGCACUGGUUGAAAUGAUUCACCCUGUUAAUGAUGCCUCAAUUUUUCAGUCCCAAUUUAAAACAAUAAAUGAGAUUCCUCAGGGAUAAAUUACAUUUUG